CUCUGACGUCACAAGUGAAAUCAACAUGGCGACUUACAUUACACUUCCGUCGGGAAAAAUGAAAAAGAAGAGAAAGCGUACGGUGAUUAGCAAGAAAGAUUUACAACAAUUAGAAGCACUCUUUCAACAAGAUAAAUGGCCUGAUCGCAGUAAAAAGAUGCACCUGGCUACAGUUAUCAGUAAAUCAGAAAACUUCAUAUCAACUUGGUUUCAAAACCGACGAGCAAAGUAUCGACGUCUUCAACAUGAAACAGAGUCGCUUCUAAAAAAUGACGACACUGUGAAAUUGACAUUUCAUGAUGUGAGGUUUCCAAGCAAUGAACCACUGAAAAACAAUAACAUAGCUGAUACGAAUGAGGAGGUCGUUGUUAAUUCUAAUCAAACGCCUAUUGGUCUAGAAGAAAUCAAAUUGGAGCUGAAUGUCAUCGACAAGAAUCAGAAGAACACGCUAAAAAGGGGAAACUCUGUGAAUGGAAACGGCGAAAGCUUUAAAAAGGGUAGAGAACAGAUAUCACAUGACGCCAACAAGCCUGGAGUGACUUUAUCUUGGGAAUUUGUCUUCCGACAGAUCGUGGAAAUGGCUGCUGCUUCCGAGGGAGCCAUGGCGGAGGGCCACCCGUCCAUUACCCAGGCCGUGCGCCAUGCAGCCCUAGGAGUGUCAUUACGGGACGCCAAGCUUGUGUACAGUCGCGAGUAUGGACUGGACUGUGAAACAAUAUGAUAUACGAUAUUUUCACCUGUAAUCGUCCCACACGUUUCAAGAAAUAAAUUUUCAAUGUAUU